CCCACCUUUGAAGCGUAGCCUGGGGAGAAGGAGCUGCCUACAAGCAAACAGAGGGGCACUAAUAAGUUAUCGCAACACCGCCAUCACCACCACCGCCAAACUGCACAACCCUUGACCGCCUCGACCGAGUACCCCCCCUCGAUCCAACCUUCAUAUCUACAAAAUGGCUGCCGUAGCACCAGCCGCCGCUGGUCCCAGCAAUGCCACCUUCAGGGACAAGGAGAAGCCGUUGGCCGUCCGUUCCGCCAACAUCGUCGCCGCCAGAGCUCUUGCCGAUGCCGUCCGGACAUCGCUGGGCCCAAGGGGCAUGGACAAGAUGAUCCGCAGCGGAAAGGGGGAGACCAUCAUCACCAACGAUGGCAGCACAAUGUUGAAGAGCAUGGCCGUCAUGCAUCCCACAGCCAAGAUGCUUGUCCAACUUUCCAACGCCCAAGAUGUCGAAGCCGGUGACGGAACCACCUCAGUCGUCGUUAUCUGCGGCAGCUUGUUGGGCGCCGCCGACCGCCUUCUCGCCAAGGGCAUCCACCCCUCCGUCAUCUCAGAGUCUUUCCAAAGAGCCGCCGCCGCCGCGGUCAAGGUCUUGCAUGAGAUGUCACAACCUAUCGCCCUUACCGACACCUCCUCCCUCCUUCAAGCCGCCAACACCUCGCUGUCCUCCAAGAUUGUGUCCCAGUACUCCAACCUACUCGGCCCAAUGGCCGUCAACGCUGUUACCAAGACGAUCGACCUUAAGACGGCAGAUAACGUCGACCUGAGGAAUAUUCGCAUUAUCAAGAAGGUCGGCGGGACGAUAGAAGACAGCGAGUUGGUGGACGGUUUGGUUCUCACACAGCCAGUGAUCAAGAGCGCGGGAGGGCCCAUAAGGAUGGAGAAGGCCAAGAUCGGUCUUAUUCAGUUCCAGCUCAGCCCUCCUAAGCCUGAUAUGGAAAACACCAUCCAGGUCAACGACUACAGACAAAUGGACAAGAUCGUCAAGGAGGAGCGCAUGUACCUCCUCAACAUGGUCAAGAAGAUCAAGAAGGCCAAGUGCAACGUUCUCUUCAUUCAAAAGUCUAUCCUCCGCGACGCCGUCAACGACCUCUCCCUCCACUUCCUUCAGCGCCUCGGCAUCCUCGUCGUCAAGGACAUUGAGCGUGACGAAGUCGAGUUCAUCUGCAAGUCUACCGGCUGCAAGCCCAUCGCCGACAUUGACAGCUUCACUGAGGACAAGCUUGGCUCCGCUGACCUUGUUGAGGAGGUUCAGUCCUCUGGCAGCAAGAUGGUCAAGGUCACCGGCUGCAAGUCCACCGGCAAGACCAUCUCAGUCGUCGUCCGCGGCGCCAACGCUCUCAUCCUCGACGAGGCUGAGCGCUCCCUCCACGAUGCCCUCUGCGUCGUCCGCUGCCUCGUCAAGAAGAAGGCUCUCAUCGCCGGUGGCGGUGCCGCCGAAAUUGAAAUUGCCGCCCAGCUCAACAAGCAAGCACGUGCCUUGACCGGCACCGAGGCCAUCUGCUGGAAGGCCUUUGCCGACGCUAUGGAGGUUAUUCCCACUACUCUUGCGGAAAACGCCGGGUUGAACAGCAUCAAGGUUGUGACUGCCCUGCGCCACAAGCACGAGAUGGGCGAGAAAAAUGCUGGUGUCAGUAUCAAGAGCGGGGGUGUCAACUCGGAUAUUUCAAAGGAGAAUGUGCUGCAGCCAUUGUUGGUGAGCACGAGCGCGAUUGAGUUGGCGGCGGAGACGGUGAAGAUGAUUUUGCGGAUUGAUGAUAUCGCCUUGAGCAGGUAGACUACAUUAACUUUUGUGACAGAAAGGGUUAAAAUGUCGUAAUGAAAAAUGGAAUAUAC